AUGAAUCACUACGUGGCAGCAUGUCUUCUCAUCCUCAUCUCACUCGGCUCAAUUCUUCCCGGUUUUCCGAUUCUCAUGAUUCUCCAGAAUUAUUUCCCCGAGCUCCCUGUGUUCUACACCAUCGAUAGUUUGGUUAUGUAUUUUGUUCAGGCGUCAAUCAUCAUGUUCCUCGGUUUCCUCUCAAUGUGUCUCUACUCGGAUAUCGCCUGUCCGUUGGCUAUCAAAGGAUACGUGUUCAUCUUCUCGCGGAUUUACAUACUCCUGGAAGACUUGGAAUCCUGGUUUUCUAAUGGAUUUGUCACCCCAGAAGACAGUAUUCGAAUAUUCGAAAAAUCGGGAGUCUCAGUGAACUAUACCAUUAGUUCACUGAUAAAACUUUACGGUAGUCGGCAUCCAUUUCGAAGGAUACCUGACUUGACGUCUUCUGAUUCAGAAGAUGUGCCAGGACCGUCAGAGAAAUCGGGGAAAAUGGGUGGAGCCUUUGGAUUGAAGAAAGUCGAGAGUAAUGGAAAAGACGAGAAAUCUCAAUUUGUGUAUCUGGAUUUCCCGUUGUUUAAUGUAGAUAAUGAGAAGGAAGAUGAGAGGAUUACAGGAAAAGCUGUGAUUGAUGAGAUGGAGAAGCUGAAAAAGUUGUUUCCCAUAAAACGCUGGACGCAACAAUACUCCCAAUACUUUUUCUUCCUGGAUCGCAGAAAACAUGGGGAUAAGGAAAAGUUGACAAUCUGUCGCCUAUGCAACUAUACUCCGUUCAGCGCUCGACUAUUUUUCCUACACUUUUUUAAUGAUUCUCAUAUCAGACAACUAUCGGAACAUCAAUUAUCUCGAGAAUCUUUCGAUUUCUGGAUUCGACACUUUAAGGAAUGUGGCAAAUGCGAAAUUCAAAAAAUUGAUGUGUUGAGUGUUCCUUCUGCAACUGUGAGCCCCAUUACAGCUGCACCAUCUUUACCAAGAAAAGAAGAGAAGCCAGUGGUUCAGAAGAUUUCAGAAGUUAAGAAAGUUCCAGAAACACCAAAAGCGGUAGUGAAGCCUGAAACAAAUAACCCACGUGUCCCACUUCUCGACCGUCUAGCAACUGCUGUGAGGUGUGACCAAAAAGUCUUCGUGAAAAGUUUCCGACAAAUCGCAGAAUCGUUGACUCAUUCUGGAAGAGAGGCUGCGAAAAAUAAGUCAGUGGACUGGAAAUGUGAAUAUUGUGGAUUGAUCAAAUUAACUACGGAACUCGAAGCAUUCAAUCACAUUAUUUCCCAGAAACAUAAAGAAAAGAUGAAGUUCACUGCUCCAACUAACGAUUUCAAGUUUUGGUUUGAUUGGGUCGGAAAAAGAAAUGCGGAGAACGCGUCUCAGCCAAGUCCAGUUGUUCAGCAGCCUCCAGAAGUCAAAAAAGUUCCAGAAAUCUCAAAAACUCCAGUACCUACAAUUUCCAAAGUCCCAGCUAAUUCACCACGAGUACCUAUGCUUGACUGGAUGCCAGCUAAUGAAACAGCGGUCUCCAAAGAGCAGUUCAAUAAAAUAUUAGAUCAAUGUGCAGAAGUUUUCAAAAAAGAUCGAAAACGGAUAGAAGCGGGAAAGAUGUUGGUUCUCCACUCUGACUGCUCAAUUUGCAGUUCAUGUACUAGAAAAGUUCGACCAAGCAAUAUGCAGGAUGCCUUGUUGCACAUCAUUAAAGACGAACAUCGGAAAAACAUGAAAUACCAAUCAUGCCUCUCUGAUCUUUUGUACUGGAAAAGUUGGGUGGAGACUUUCGAAGUACUGCCGAAACCAGUGAAACAGAACCCACCCCUAUCACCACCACCACCAGCACCACGAGUUGACCGAAUGACGUUUCAGUAUUCAAGAAAACCUAUAACAAAAGAAGAAAAACGAGAGCCGUUCCGCCGGCCUGCCAAUUCUCCAAGAAUUCCUCUUCUCGAUGUUCCUCAGAAUCAGGCGUCGAUGAUGCCGCAGCGAGAGUUCGAAACGAGAUAUCACACUAUUCGUAUGGAAUUAGAGAACCGAACGUCUUGUCUGGAAACUGAUAAAAGUAUUUUGUGCUUCUGUUUUCAUUGCCAUGGUGUUCGACAGAUGACAAGUGUCUAUGAAGUAAUGCAACACAUAUUUGAUGGAAUACAUGAUAAGAGAAUCCGUUUCAACGCAAAUCGAUCCGACUUUGACUACUAUGACAAUCUUAUCAAGAACAUGCCACUAAGAUCUACGAAUCCACUCCCAACCACUAAGGAUCCUGAGGUCCCAUUCAAAAAGUCUCCAGCUGUUUCUGUUGUGAAACCUGUUCCCAAAGUGGAAGCAACACCCUCCGAACGCCCUCAAGUCAAGACUCUGAAUAAAUCGAGAUAUGGAAGUGAGAAGAACGAACCAUUCAAACGACCAUCUAAUGAUCCACGAAUUCCUCUUCUCGAUGUUCCGCAGAAUCAAAGCAUCCUGGUUUCGCAAACAAAGUUCAAAGAGAGACAUAAGGCAAUUAUUUUGCAAAUGAAGUCGCGAAACAACUGCCCUGAGCUUAAUCAAAAAGUGACAUGUGUCUGUCAUCAUUGUCCUGGAGCUGUACAGUUAACAACUAUGAUUGAAGUACUACGUCAUGUUUUUUCAAACGGAGAUCAUGCAAAGAAUAUCCGCUUCUCCGCUAUACAAUCCGACUUCGACUACUAUGACAAUCUUUUGAAGAAAUGUCCACUGAUUUCCACUAUUACACCUGCAAAAAUAUCAGAACAAGUUCCUGCCGCUGUAAAGAGAUCUCCUGCUGUAUCUGUUGUGAAUCCUGUUCGAAAACUUGACACAUUCUCGUCAAAUCAAUUUGUCCCUGACGCUUUGCCUACAACAACAAGGACGGAUUGCUCAUUGCCACUAUUCAGAACAAUUGAUAAAAACCUAGACGAGAGUAUCUGCCAUGGACCAACAAGCACCCAGAUAGACUUGUUAAGAAGAUGGAAAUUUAAAGACAAUGCGACUGAUUUAUGCUACGUGCCAAAUAAUCUUUAUUGUGGAUUUUGCAAUGCGAAUAUGAUCGGGUGGACAAUACUGGAAGUGGCGAAUCACGCGUUCUCAGUUUCUCAUAUUUAUGCAAUGCUAAAAUCUUGCAAUUGUUUACACUCCUCCGAAUUCGACUGGUGGAUAACACAUCUUUCAAAAAUGAGCUACCUCACACAUCCUUCCCCGUCAGAACUUCCAAUGAAAUGCCAUCUAGGUGGUUUGCAAACAUCAUACAAAGGUGAUCGUUAUACGGGAGAAUUUCACUACUUCACGCCAGGAGAACUGCAAAUUAUUGAUAACGUCGAUAAGUUGAAGAUUCAACUCGAUAGUCAAUAUAUACUAAAAAUGUUCGGAGGGUGUACCUACUGUGAACAAUGGUUUUUGACUGGAAUGGAAUCAGUCCAGCACUUUACGUCGUGGGAACAUUUUUCCAAGAUAAGAGAGAAACACCCAGUAAACAAGCACCCGGUGAAUAUGCUCUUGCGACGUUUGGAAUUGCUUCAAAAAGAUCAAGAAGCAAUAAAAACGCGGUAA